AAGCAGCGGUUCUGAGACAUCGGAGACCACCUUCAUCUUCCUCAAAAUGGCACCGCAGAAGGUGGUACUGAAAGUUCUGGCAAUGAAUGAUGAGAAGACGAAGCAGAAAGCCAUAGAGGCUGCCGCCGAUGUAUACGGUGUUGAUUCAAUUGCUGCUGAUCUCAAGGAGCAGAGACUGACUGUAAUUGGAGAGAUGGAUGCAGUUGCAGUUGCAAAGAAGCUGAAGAAACUUGGAAAGAUCGAUAUAAUUACAGUUGGACCGGCCAAAGAGGAGAAGAAAGAAGAGAAGAAAGAGGAGAAGAAGGAGGAGAAGAAAGAAGAAAAGAAAGAGGAGAAGAAAGAGGAGAAGGAAGAUAAAAAGUAGCGCAGUAUUACACUGUAGAGGCAUUUUUUCUAUAGAGGCAUUUGCGCUCAUAUCUUUAAGAACAACGCGUGAGAGAUAAUACGAAGAAUAAGAAUUAAAGAUACGUAUCGUUACAUGAUACACAUUUCUGUAUGUAUUUGAUUAAAGAAUUAAUUACAUUUCAGGAACCUGAAGUAUAUAUAUAUGGUG